ACGUAACGUCAUUACGUCACUACACUAAAUAUGUCGGGAAAUGAAUUGAUUUGUGUUUGUCAACAUUGUAUCGAUUUUCUGUAAAAAAUAAACGUGUGUGGAUCUAUUGUGAUAAUAUCUAAUAAUAAUACAAAUAUAUCUUCCUAUUACAAAACUUUUGCACGCCGCUACAGUUAAAUAUAAAUUGUGUUAAACUGGACCUUUCAUUAAACUUGCCGAGACACAUCUCACACUUAAAUUUCUUAUCAUUAUCUAAUUUAUAAGUAAAGCGUAUGUUGUUGGAAUUAAAUUAACAGAUCACGGAGAUGUUUUAAUUAUUUUCAUGUUUUAUAAGUCAAAGUUCAUCUUGAGCCGCAGUCACGCCGCUCUUAGGUGUGUAGAAAAAAAUCGAUAGAACUGCAAUGUGGUUGCUAGGUAUUCCAAAACGUAAUGCAGUAAACACGCUAUAGACUUAGAAUGUUGCACAAGUGAUUUGAACUGAUACGAUGGAAGGAAUUAUAUCUCAAAGGGUGACACCAAUAUUAAAAUGCAUGGUUUUGUUUUUAUUUAUAUUUACCGCAAAAGUACUGACGUCUCGACCGCACGAUUCCCAGGAUUCCAAAAAUGAAAUACAUCUGUACAAAUCUCCACACUAUGUGAGGACAUUCACUAAAUAUCACCAUAGGAGGCCAAUCCAUAGGAAUACUAUCCAGGAUGCACAUUACAACUGGCCAGAAGUAAAAAUUGUAGGAAAAAGAAGUGUUGACACUCCUUAUUCAAGCGAUUUCAUCAAUCCUUACUGGCCAGAUGCAGAAAGUGAUCAAAUUGCAAGGAACGAGAAAACUAUUAGAAAAAGAAGUGUGGAUCCAAAUUCAAAUUACGGUGUGUCUAACUGGCCAGGCGAAUCAGCUGUGGAAAAAAGAAGUUUGGAUAUGCAAGAGUUUGUGCAUGAUUCGGAUGAGACAAAAAUGAGUGAAUUUGCAUCGAACACAAGGGAAAUGGUUGGAUCUUUUGAGAAAACGGCGAUUAGUUCCAGCAAGACUAGCUAUGAAAAUAAAAACAGUUUAUCAUCAAAUCAAGUGGAAAAGCAUAAAGUGAAAGCUGCCAUCAUUGUUACUGACCCUCCAGCUACACUGGGUCCUUCGAUCACUUGUUUAUACAAAAUACAUAGUGUGUCUAAGAGUGUGACUCCUUCAUAUGAAGACGAGGCCAAUGCGCAGAUGAUGGUGGAAAAUGACAGCUAUGUAACUGGUCCUAUAUCGGAGAUGACCCUGCCGAACGGAGAUGUGGUGGAGGUGGAGCAGUGCGCUCACCCACGCCCGUACUGCUACACUCUCUGGCAUCAGGACACCGCUGGCAACAUCACUAUACUAGGCCAAGGAUGCUGGCACUCAUCUCAAGGCCGCAGCUCGUGCGACAAGUGCACUUCGGUUCAGGAACUGCUCCCCGGCUCCAAGUUCUGUUGCUGCACUCAUAGCAUGUGCAACGGAGACUUCUUAUCGCUCAAAACAGAAACGGUGACAGUGAAAGCGGAAUCAACAAUGAAUAAUUCUCAACAAACGACAAACUACUCGAACAUACUAGCCUCAAGUAUCCUAGCAUUAGCGGCUUUACUGGUCACCGCUGUGGUGCUGAGAAGAUUCUACUGCGGUAAAUCCAGAGAGAAGGAUGAUAUUAGCUUGUGUGCUGACGUCGAGAAAGGUGAUGCGAUGGGAAGCGGUCCUGACUCUUUGGCCACCGGGCUGCUCUGUGUGGACAAUCUAACUCUUAUUGAACAUAUAGGCCAAGGCAAGUUCGGCUCAGUGUGGCGCGGCACGCUGGGCGCCACACCCGUGGCCGUGAAGCUGUACUCCACCGCCUCCGCCUGGCAGAAGGAAGCCUCCAUAUACUCCCUGCCUAUGACCGCUCACGAGAAUAUCCUGAGGUACUAUGGGAGUGAUACACGGCCCACUCUGACAGAAGACGGCGGUCGUCAACACCUGAUAGUGCUGGAACUCUGCCCGACCACGUUGCGGCGGAGAUUGGAACAACAACCUCUAACUUGGAUCGAGUUUGCUACUAUAGCCCAUGGAUUGGCCUCAGCGUUGGCCCAUCUGCAUUCUAACACGCCAAUGAAGCCGUGCAUCGUCCAUCGUGACGUAAACAGCAGUAAUGUACUAAUCUCCGCCCGCGGGCACGCUCGCCUCGCGGACCUGGGUCUGGCUCAGGUGCUACACCCGCAGCGGGGGCCCAGGACACACACUAGGAUCUCUGAAGCGGGCACGCUGCGCUACCUGGCGCCCGAGGCGCUGGAGGGCGCGCUGGACCUCAGCGGGGCGCUGGCGGCGCUGUGCGCGGUGGACGUGUUCGCGCUCGGGCUCGUGCUGUGGGAGAUGUUGUGGCGCUGCGGCGGCGCGCAUUGCGGUGCGCCGCCGCGCUAUGUCAUGCCCUACACGCACCACGCCGUCUGCUGCGACACGCUGCAGCAGAUGCAGAGUUUAGUAUCCCGCAACAAGGUCCGGCCGCCGCUGCCGCGCGGGCCCGUGCCCGAGGCCAGGGCGCUGAAGAUAGCCUCCGACACUUGCGAAGAGUGCUGGGAUCACGAUGCUGAGGCCAGGCUUACAGCAGUGUGCGUUGAAGAACGCAUGGCUGAACUCAAGCAAAUGCUGCAGACGCAAGGACCCGUCAUACACGACAACAACUUGCAUCCACACCCGCCGGAUGCACCCGCUCAUCAGGAGCCGGACAAGAACUCCAACUGCACGACAAACCAAACGUGUGACGUCACCACCCCCCUCCUCUACCCCCACCCCCGCAUCGGCCGCAACGCCUGCAUCGAGCGCAACACGCACACACAGACACACACGGUCGAACUCAUACACAAAUCCCUCAAAGACAUCACCACAGAGACACCCAGACCACAAACAAUAGAAGAAAACUGCUUGUCUGUGGCUAGAGUCACGCAUAGACCAAUACCGGAUAUGAACGAGAUAAGGUCUUAUCAAAGGCCUUUAGAUUACAUACCUAAUGACGUCACUAACCACGACGUCGAUCGAGGCCCGAAGCAAACAAACAUACUGAACGACGUCAAAGUAGAAAAACCAAAAUGGGGUAUUAAAAAAUUCUUCGAAAGGUACAAGAAUCAAAAAGAUACGGAGGUGAAGUUGGUGCCAGAGUCGAGUGUACAGAAUGGAAGGACUCAGACCUCAGUCGUCGAGAAACCAAUUAAUUUCGAUCGACCGACAAACUUAGUGUUGAGCCAAGAACGCACGUCAUACAAUUUUGAAGCGCCAUGCACUCUGUCGCCGCCGAAUCGUACCCUAUCGCCCACGAUGAUGAUAGAGUCCGAUUUAAAUCGAGAGAAUCGUGUGUUCAACUUCAAAGAAUUACCGACUGAUGACGGCAAAAAUCCCAAUCAAAUAUUCGCCGUUAUAGUCCCGAAAUCGAUACCGCUUAAUUUAGACUCGAAUAAAACCCAAGGCAGCUCUGAAAGCAUAAGGAAAUAUCAAUCAUCGAUGUCGUCGCAGAGUAUUUUCAAAUCUGGCAAUUCCGAAUCGGAAGACUCGACUGUUAAGAAGCGAUUGAGCUGCGAUAAUAAAAUAAUCGAUUCCAACAGCGGCAGCUCUUCAAGGGCAAGCAUCAAUUUGGAACUCCAAUACAUAAACGGACAGACAGAAAACUACACAGAUUCCCCGUUCGAAAUCAAUUCGGAUUGUUCGAGCAGCGAAGACGAACAUUUGAUGUUGCUAUCUGAAAACGGCGGUUCUAAAAUUACAAUGCAAACUAUAGCUAAAGACACCGAUAAGAAAAAGUACCAGAACGACGUGUUAAAAGAAGCUAGUCAAGUGACAGAUUUUGGUUUCAACAAAUAUCAGAAUAAAUAUACGAAUUUCGACAACGAAUUCAGUGAUCCCAAUGACAAAGAGAACUCGGUCGCGUACAGCGGCGAUAAUCCUGUGUAUUUGGCCGCGUUGAACGGCGAAAUAAAUACGACAGAUUUAAAAUAUAUGACGCCGGACGUCGACAAAAGCCCUAAACCAACUUUGAAGAAUCUUUCUAUAAAAAGGCAGCGUUCUUUGGAACAGGUUUCCGAGAUAUUUUCGUCUUCGGGUGAUAUAAACCUACAAAACCCAGCUGGUCGGGUUAAAACUCCGGGGGAUUUGCCAGUGGCCGUGCGGAGGGCUCGAAGGGACAGGGCGUUGCAGAAGGGCAGAGCAAGUGAGUGUAAUAGAUUAAGUUUAUACGACGAUAGAAUGAUGUUCGGUAACAGUUUGUGAAUUUUUAGACUAUGACACUAAGCCAGAGUUGUUGUAGCUGUGGUAGAUUUUUUACUAUUUUCUUUUAAAUAUUCAGUGAAAUUGAGAAUUAGUGUUAUGAUAAAAAGUAAAUUAUAUUUAUACCGAUCUAGUUUAUAAAGUAAAAUAUAUGCAGUUUUUACUUUAUACAGGGAUAUUUUUAAGUAUCGACAACCUCGCAGCGACGUCAUGAACAACGUUAGCUCGACGAGUUUUGAUCGAUAUAUACUUUUUAAUUAUUAUUGUCCUGUCCUUACAUUCGUAUAUCUAUGUUUGCGUCUUCGCGUUACCGCCACCGUACCACCUCACCCGCCCGCCCCGCCCGCGAUUCACAUUGAGUGUUUAGCAUUGGAACGGAUAAUUAGAUAAAUAAAUGGAGUCUUUAUUGCACAAUUCACGAAGUAGUCAUAAUUUACAUCAAGGUCACAUUCAAACACAAAUGAGCGCAAAGGCGAACAUAUCGCAAGUUCAAUUUCUCGCAGCCAACCUUUAGGUAAAAAUAAUGACCAAAAAAAAGACAAAAAAGCGAGGGUUUCCGUAUGCUGACCUCCAAACUUCAAUUCGAAGAUGGCACCCCGUGAUGAUGAUGAACCUUUGGGUGGAAAGAGGAACAAGUGAACUAAGAGAGUGCAGUAAACUUAACAAUAACUAGAUGUUGCCCGAGGCUUCGCUCCCGUGGGAAUUUUGAGAUAAAAUAUAGCCUAUAGCAAUCUUGGAUAAUGUACCUUUCUAAUGGUGAUAGAAUUUUUGGAAUAGGUUCAGUAGUUUCUUAUAUUACCCGCCUCAAACAUACAAACUCACAAACGCCUCUUUAUAAUAAUAAUAGUAUAGAUUAAACAAAACAAAUUGUAUGAUCGUAAUUUUAACUGAAAUCAAAACGAUUCGAACAAAGAUCUUUGUUUAUGAUGUCCGCUACACUGUCCUGCGAGAUUGUGUUUUAAAAAUAGCUCUGUAAUAAUAUACUCGUAUCAAACGCAAAACCUCCUAAAGACUACUUGGGUACAUCAAAACAAGCAACUUUUAUUCUACGACUUUUCGUGAUUCGUAAUUUUUUUUUCAUAUAAAAAAAAUACAAUCUACUUUGCGAUUCUACAUAUCUUAACUUUAUGUAAUAGCCGAGCAACACGAGACAGACAGUACAGUAGCGUUAUGUAGCGGAAUCGAACAUAGAGUUAACGUUAUAUAGAAACGACAUUAAAACUUGUCAUUAAAAAGAAAAAAAAAAUGUAUGUAUUACGCAAAAGUCGUAGAACAAAAGAUGUUAGUCGCUAUGUACCUUAUGCGCCUUUGGAAGAUUAUGCGUCAGAUACCAGUAACCCUGUAUAUUUAUUUCGCAUUAACUCUGGCUUGGCAGCUUUAAGAUUCAAAGAUAUAAAUGUACCUUUUUUUUGUAAUAUUUAACUUAAUUAUAGCACGUAAUAUAUUACGUGAGCUACGUAAACAUAGAAUGUUAUAUUUCAUCGCAUAAUGCCUUCGCAACGUCUCCAGGUGAAAUGAUUUGUUCAAAUAUAGUGAUACGAAAUAUUGAAAAAUCAAUUUAUUAAUAAUACAUACUAUAAAUAACAAAUUUACAAUAAACUGUUUAUGGAAAAUAUUACACCAAGUUUCGGUUACUGUUAUUAAUAGUCGAUGUAACUGCAUACAUUUCUCGGUUAAUUCGAUUCAGUUCAGUUCAGAUUCAGCAUUCCUUUAUCCAUGUGUCAUUGUUGCAUUUAUAGAGUAAUAUUUGUAAUAUCUGUGGUACAGCGAACGAAGUUUUUUUUUUAUAAUACGUAGAUUCUUUAUUCUCUUUCUUACUAUCUGUUAGUAUUCUUGUAAAACGAGACGGAAGUAAGUAACAGGAGGAUAUUUGCACAAUGCAUGCAAUGAUAAAGUAGAAAUUAAAUUUAAAUUACAUUAACGGAAAUUAAUUGUUCGUCUCUAAUUUUAAUUGGUGAAUGUUUAAAAUAAUAUUUGGCUUAUUUUUUAAAUUACUUUUUCUUAUUAUUAUAGCGUAAGUAAGAAUGGAAAGUACAUUUAAUGAUGUUGGUUAAAUAUUAUAUAAAAUUCAAAACUUAUGUACAUACGUACUCGAUAUUCGAUAUUAGAAUACUAAUUACAUAACCUCUUUUUCAAACUUGAAAUAUAGUUUUGCUGCAGCCUUCUAACAAAUACUUACAAUUGCACGAUAAUGUGUGUAAAUGGUUUACCCUUUGCAGGUAUAUAACCAUAAAUAUUAUAAUUUGCUUUAUUUUGUUCGGCUUACAGAAUUCAUGACAUAAUUUUAUACCUUCCAAGUAAUAUCUGUUAAAAUAUAAUUCCGCACCCAGUUUUACCUCGCAUGUAUAUAUCUAUAUUCAUUUUGUAUAUGUAGAUAUAUUUUUUCAGACUCUUUUCACAUUCCAUUUAUGUUACAGCCCUUAUAUUACUAAUAAAAGGUUAUUGCAACCGUCUUAUUCAUAAAAAAAUCCUGUUAUACAUAUUUUAGUUAAAAUAUGUUUUGUCCCUGUCUCUCUAUUCAAUAAUUGAUUUAACAAAACGAAAGAACAUAUUAGUUAGUACUAAAAUAUACUAAAAUGUCUUAUUGCUAACACUCAUGUCAGGUAUUAUUUAAGUCACUGGAAGGUAUCUGUUAUGAAUUUACGACUAAAUAUCUAGUGGCAGCACAGCAAUCAUAUUCACAAAACAGUUAGCCAUGAUGUGUAAAUUUUUACGCGACAGCCUCUGACAAUCUUAAAUUGAUCCUAUAUUAUAUUAUACUUGCUCGCGCGAAGAACACUAAAUAAAAAUUCAUUUCACUCAGGAAUAAUGUAACUUCCUACUGGUGAAAGGAUUUUAAAAAUCGGUUGAAUAGUUCCAAAAUUAACCCCUACACAUAAAACUUAAAAAAAUAUUUCCUUUUUUAUAAAAUCAAUGUGAUACUAUUUCACCAUUCUCUAAAGAUUGUAAAAAUAAAGAAUAAUUCAUAUAACUAUGGACAAAAAUGAAUAAAACUAUAUUUGGUCCAUGAUAUAACGGAGACUUUUAUGAAUAAGAGGGUGAAUAACACAAUUUCUUAGCUGUAACAAUAACCUGUACCCAGCUUUAACAUAUAUGUUACUUUUUUAUUCUAUUAAUAGGUCUUUGCAAUUUACUGUAACUAAAUACGUAAACAUGCUUUUCAAUGGAAAUAAACAUUUAAAACACCACAAAAUAUGUCUUAAAGGUCAAUAUAAUCAUAUUAAUAUGAUUAUAUAAGUACAAUACGACAUCAUAUAUGGUGAUAAACAUACGAUAUGGGGCUGUCAAAACCUAAAUUUUAUGUUAUCUACAAGAAAAUUGGUUUUUUUUUUUUCGGUCUAUGAAAUGUCGUAUUCAUCUUUUACAUUCUGUGAGUUUUUUGAUCAAACAUUUCAUACAGUUUAUUGAUUUAUUUUAAGUGUAAUAUAAUAUGUUAAGUUCUUAUGUUUAGUUUUAGUGCGUUGAAAGGAAAAUAAAAUAGUGAAAAAAAAAUACCACUGUUCUUUUUCUGACAUUUUGAUGUCAAGCAUUGUCGGUUAAAAAAAUAUGAAUAACAACGCACUAGACAACCAAAAUGUGAUCUUAUUUAUUAUGUAAGUACAUAGAUUUAGUUCCUAAUUAACGGGCCAUGUUGUUUUUUUUUUUUUUAAUUGUUUGUUAAGUUUCCUACAAUAACAAUGUUUUAUGUUUUAAUCCUGGAUUGUAUGUAUUUAGAUUUAAUUUAUUUUAAGAGUAUAUUUUUACGGGACGGGAAAGAAGAUUAAAUUCUUAAUUUUGUUGUACAAGUAUUUUAGAUCUUAACGCAAAAUGUCGCUUUUGCAAAACGACAUGUUGAACAAUGUCACUUUCUCAAAACCUAUUUUUUCUGUUUAAUUCAUUUUUUUAUCCAGAAAAACCUAAUACAGAAUUGGAAAUAUACCUCGAUAUCAAUACCUACUAUUAAAUAGAACAUAUUUUUAUAAUAAUAUCGCGAGUGAAUGACAUUUUGCGAAAAUGGUAUUAUCCGAUAUUGACGUUAUGCGAAAAUGAUAGUUGACAUUAUGCGCCCAGAUCGUAUAUCCGUAUUUCAUUCAAUGCUUUUAUUCACAACGCGGUAAAACUGAUUACAAAAUACGAUGAUAUGUCACAUAUAAUAUUGACUAUAAAGUGUCAGUUUAGCUAUCCUAUAAGGGAUCAAAUAGUCGAUAAUUGCAAUGCACUCAUUUUGUGUGCGAUAACAAGGCAUAAUGACACUGAAAAGGUUGACUUUACUUAUCAAAAGGUUAAAAAAGGGUCUUUACUUUCUGUUAUGACACGGGAUUUUCGCGCGACCCGAAGCGGAGUGCGAUAAUAAAGCCGAGUAUACGUAUAUCAUAUAAAUUUUUUCAUCGCGUUUGAACUCUACAAGUAAAAGGUCUACUCAAAAACUGUCGCAAUAAAAAAAUAUAAAACAAAAAUAUAGUGUAACUAAAGCAACACUAGAAAAUUUUAACUUAAUGUCGUAAAAGAGGUGUUUGAUAUUUUCACAAUUUAGAAUUCGUUUUAUUUUUUUUUUUUGUCUAAUUGAAAAAGUCAAACCAGCCGCAUUAUGAUCAACUUUUUUUUUAUAGAACCAUUCACAUUUCAACUAAUUAUCUGUCUGUUAGAGCUGUUAAAUAACAAGUUAUCCCAAAUCAUUUUGUCCAUAAUAAUAAAAUUGUCAAACAUGCAAAAAAAACAUACAAUACUUAAAUACAAUUUGAAAUCUAACGUAUGUUUAUUUUUUAAUCGAAUUUCUUCAAUCACCAUCAUCAUAUCGAAUGUGUUGUUGCUAACACUAGUGUCAAAUUUUAUUCAAGUAGCCUAAAGGCAUCUGACAUGAAUUUUACGACACGGCAGGUAGUCGUAUGCACACUAGUGAACUAAAAACAACCAGUGUGCCGGUUUCCUCGCCAUGUUUUCCUUAACCAGAAGCAAGUGGUGGUCUAUGAAAACUACAAUAUAGCUACACAAAAGACUUGUCGAUAUAAAACAGAAGUUGUGUUUUUGUAACCUAAUCCUAAAACCUAUACCCUAUUCAUCUUGGACUGAGACAAAAGGUAAACAAACCUUGAACAAAAAAUCAUUAUUUCUCGUUAUUCCUUUGUUAAUUUUGUUCUUACUUUCUGUUAAUGUUAAAUUUUUUGUUGUUGUUGUUUUUAAAUUAUUAAAAUUAACAAAGGAAUAACGAGACAUACUGAUUUUUUGUUCAAGGUUUGUUUACCUUUUGUCUCAGUCCAAGGUGAAUAGGAUAUAAGUUAUGUGUGUUAACAUGUUAAAAAAUAAUAAUUUCAUAGAAAAAUAUUGGCUUUUUGACAUAUAAUUUUUAGAAUAAAUUCAACUAUACCUAUCGUCUCUAUGCCUUGUUACCACGCCAUAAUGUCAACCCUAUAUAUUGCAGCAGCUGUUAGUAAAGUGAUAAAUUUAUUUAGAAAUCAUACGUAUUUACAAUGGCGUAGCGAGGGGUAUAGCCCCGGGCGCGAUUUUUAAUAAUGCCUCUAUUUUACAAUACCAAUUUUCAUCUUAGCACUCAAAUCAGUAAGAUUUGUUAGGACGCCACAGAUUAUCUAUGACAUCAUGCAGGUCUUUCAUUGUGCAGUUGAUAGCACGCAAGACACUAUACUAUGUGUUCCAUGGUUUGGUGAGAGCCAUCACAUUGGCAGUUCGGUGAAUUUUCGACAGUCCUUCAAAAUAAAGAAAGACAUAGAAAGUACCUUGCUAAAAUCUUAAAAACCAAAUGUUGAUAAAAUUUCACACUACCCCCAACACAGAUUAUUGUUCAUAAAUUAGGGUAGUUAAAAGUAUCUUGUCUUUGUUGAAAUUUGAAGGAGGGUAAUGGCCGUGAAUUAAAUGCUAAAAACUUCACCCAGUUGUGUCUUUUGAUGGAUAAAAUCGUUUUACAUUCUUUGGAAAUAAACAUUUUACGCGUUUUCACAGUACCGCCAUAUUUUUAUAUCAUCAAAGGGGCGUCAAGUUAUGUUUCCGCCCCGGGCGAUGCAGCCCACGCUACGCCACAGCUUAGUUAUAAGGAAUUUGGUCGUUUUUGAAUGUUUUGGCGCCACAGAAAGUAUACCGAUGUAUCGAAGCUUGUUGAUGCUGCCGAUGUAAGUGGACACUAGAUAUAGUAACUAUGUUUUUA